AUGUUCCUCGACUUCCACAGCCGACUAGGGAUCGGCUCGCUCGCUACAAUGGUGCUCUCCUUCUUUGUCCGAGAGCGAGAUAUUGUCUCGCAUAAACCAACGCUGCCACCGUCGUAUCCAUUGGCAGUCCGCAGUCCAUACCUCUCAACAUGGAUGCCAUCCGACCAGGUCCAGACUCUGCCCUACGCAGAGCCCCAGUUCUGGGCGGGUCAGAGUCUGACAUGGUCAGUGAUGGCACGGGUCGACGGCCAGGCUUACAGUCUGAUGAGCGUAAAGAACCCCGGCGACAAGAUUCGCCCGGCCAUCGUUCGCAGCGCCGAGUACACUGCAACGCAUUCGAUCUUCACCCUCUCUGCGGGGCCAGUCAUUUUUACGCUGGAUUUCUUUUCGCCGAUAUCGCCAUCCAACUAUCUCCGGCAGUCUCUUCCAUUCAGUUAUUUGACUGUGACGGUCUCUGGAGCCUCAGGCAAUGAUAUUCAGAUAUACUCCAGCAUCGAUGGACGGUGGACUGGAAAGCCACGAAAUACAGCGCGGAGCUUUCAACAAGCCGAGUCUACCGCCAUCUACUCGCUCAACGUGAAGAAUGCGGUUCCUUAUUCGGAGGAGAGCGACAUGGCGACAUGGGGCGAUGUGAUUUUUGCAGCUCGACCAACCUUCCGCUCGCGGCUUUCCUUUGGUUCAGGAAAACGCGGAGAAGUGCGCUCGCAGUUUGUGCAGACUGGGAAGCUCGCAGGAGACGAGCCCUGGGCCCCUGGAGGCAUCGUCGCGCUGUCUCACGACCUUGGGCCGGUGAUUGGUACUCAGUCUGUGAAUUUUGCCGUCGGAUACGUGCGCGAAAAGGCUAUCAAUUACCUUGGAAAGCCCUACACGGGCUACUACCGGGCGGAAUACCCCACGACAUCGCAGGCCGUCCGCUAUUUUCUGGACGACUAUCCCCAGGCCCUUGCCGAAUCGCUGAUUCUGGACGCGGAAAUGUCCAUAAGAGCUAAGGCGGCCGCCGGCCAGAAGUACGCUGAUAUUGUCACUCUGUCGGCACGGCAGGCAUACGGAGGGAUUGACCUGACCAUUCCGAACGACUCCUUGGACACGACCGACGUGCUGGCCUUCAUCAAGGAGCUUUCGAGUAACGGGAACCUCAACACCGUGGAUGUGAUUAUGCCCGCAUUCCCCAUAUACUACAUCAUGGACCCGAACUACAUUCGAUUACUGCUGGAGCCCAUGAUGCGCUACCUCCGCGCAGGACGCUGGCGACAGCCAUAUGUAAUCCACGACAUGGGUGCACACUACCCGAACGCCAUCGGCCACGAUAACCAGAAAGCCGAGCCGAUGCCCAUCGAGGAAUGCGGCAACCUGAUGGUCCUCGCAUUGGCCUACGUGCGUGCUACCGGCGACACCGAUUGGCUUGCAGAAUACGUCGAUGUCAUCCGACCCUAUGCAGACUAUCUUGUUGAUAACAGCGUCGACAUUGCGAAGCAGCUGUCCUCGAACGACGCCGCCGGCGCCUUGGCCAAUGAGACCAAUCUGGCCAUCAAGGCAGCCGUGGGACUAAAGGCCUUCGGCGAAUUGACAGGGCUGAGCGAGUAUUCCCGCAUUGGUGAAGACCGCGCCAACCUUUUCUACACUCAGGGUCUGGGCACGGACAGAAAACAGUCGCAUUUCGUACUGCAGUACCCAGACAAGCCGGAGUCGUGGAAGAUCCCCUAUAACCUGUACCCAGACGUGCUGUUCGACCUGAAUACGUUCCCGCAGGAGGCGUACCAGAUGAGCGAUUUGUUCUUCAAGCGCGUGCGCGCGGAAUACGGCGUCGCUCUGGACAACCGACAGGAUUGGGCCAAGUCGGACUGGAACAUGUGGCUGGCGGGGACGUUCACUGACACCAGUACCCGGGAUGAGUUUGUCGAUGACCUUUGGGCUUUCAUGACCAACGGCAAGCACAAUUGGCCAUUCUCGGAUCGCUAUGUUUCAACGUCCGCGAAAGGACGCAGUCCUGGGGUGCCGGUCCUUUGUCGCUGUCGUCCCACAGUGGGAGGACACUUUGCGCUGAUGGCAUUGCAAGGGCCCGGAUCACUGCAGAAUGCUGUAGCGCGCGCGAUGACCGGGGGUGAUGGAUUAACAGAGCAGCGGGGAGAAGAGCUGUGA